AGAACUCUCGAACAUUCUCUUCUCGUCUUCUUAAUCUCUCUUCUCCCUCGCGCUUCUCCAUUGAUUGAUUCGAAGCUCCAUCGUUCCUCUCUGCAUCUCAAGCUCGUUAGGGAUUCCAACCUCUGCGCCAUGGCCGAGACCUUGCUGCUUGACUCGCUGCUUCACCUCCCGGAAGUGCUGGAGAAGAUUGUGUUCCCGCCGCGAGCUCGCGAGAACCAUCGGGGACACAGUGAGGCCGGAACUGAAAGUAGGAUCGCUGCCAGUGAUGGAGGGUUUGGGAGCACUUCUGUUGAUAUCCUUGAGACUCCCAAGGCGUACUCUUUCUUCUUCGAUGUUCCCGGAAUUCCUAAAUCUGAUAUCCAGGUGACAUUAGAGGAUGAGAAGGUGCUGGUUGUGAAGAGCAAUGGGAAAAGAAAAAGAGAGGAAGGAGAAGAAGAAGGAUCAUGCAAGUUCUUGCGCCUGGAAAGGAAGGCAGUGAUCAAACUUAUGCGAAAAUUCCGGCUUCCGGACGAUGCAAAUCCAGCCGCCAUCACAGCCAAAUGCGAGAACGGUGUGCUCACUGUCACCGUCGAGAAGCUCCCACCACCACCUGAGUCUAAACCGAAGACUGUAGAGGUAGCCAUUGCUUGAGAACAAAUGUUCCUUUGUAUUGUUCUUGUCUUCAUGUUUUGUAUUUGUAUUAUAGUUAUAUCUGUUUUUGUAGUACUUAAUUUGUAUGUAGUUUGGAAGUUGGAUAGAUUCUAGUGAAUGUUUUUGAACUUUCAA